UUCAUCCAUUACGCAAACCUUUCUCUUCAAUAGUCAAAGUUUCUUUUUGAGAAGAGUCAAAGUUUUUGCCAUAACUACAAUUCUACAAAUACUCCCCCCACUAAACACACUCAAUUACUGAAUUUUCUCUCUUCUCUUCUUACCAACACCCCCAAACAGAGACCAAAAACCAGAGAGAUUCAAAAGAUGGCCGGUGUUAGGAGGAUUAAGCUUGGUUCACAGGGUCUAGAAGUUUCUGCACAAGGUCUAGGAUGCAUGGGAAUGUCCGCCUUCUAUGGCCCACCCAAGGCUGAAGAAGACAUGAUCCCACUUAUUCAACAUGCAAUCAGCUCCGGUAUUACCUUCCUUGAUACUUCUGAUAUUUAUGGACCUCAUACUAAUGAGGUUCUCCUUGGAAAGGCAUUGAAAGGAGGAUGGAGAGAGAAAGUUGAAUUGGCUACAAAAUUUGGCAUCAAAUUUACAGAUGGGAAAGGAGAGAUUCUCGGUGAUCCUGCAUAUGUAAGGGCUGCCUGUGAGGGAAGCUUGAAGCGACUUGAUAUCGAUUGCAUUGACCUUUAUUAUCAACAUCGUAUUGAUACCAAACUUCCAAUUGAAGUCACGAUGGGAGAACUGAAGAAACUGGUUGAGGAGGGGAAAAUCAAGUACAUUGGUCUAUCUGAAGCAUCAGCAUCAACCAUCAGAAGAGCACAUGCAGUUCACCCCAUAACAGCAGUCCAGAUUGAAUGGUCCUUGUGGACAAGGGAUGUGGAGGAAGACAUAGUUCCGACCUGUAGGGAACUUGGAAUUGGAAUAGUCGCAUACAGUCCUCUAGGAAGGGGCUUUUUCUCUUCAGGGCCCAAGAUGACAGAGAACUUCACAAAAGAGGACUACCGGCAGCAUAUGCCAAGGUUCAAAUCCGAGAAUAUUGAGCAUAACAAACAUAUAUUUGAGCGGGUCAGUGAAAUAGCGACCCGAAAAGGAUGCAGCCCGGGACAAUUAGCACUUGCAUGGGUCCAUCAACAGGGAGAUGAUGUGUGUCCCAUCCCCGGAACCACUAAGAUCGAGAACCUCAACCAGAAUAUUGGAGCCUUAUCUGUGAAAUUAACUCCAGAAGAGAUGGGUGAGCUAGAAUCCUUAGCAUCAGAUGACAGUGUUAAGGGUGAUAGAUAUGGAGGUUUAUCUACUACAUGGAAGAAUUCAGACACUCCACCUUUGUCCUCAUGGAAACCUUAAUGAAGAUGGUGCAUCCUAUUUUCUUCGGCGUUGUCGAUUUGGUGUUGGUGUUAUAUUCUUCUCAUUGACUGUUGUGUUGUAAUUCUGUAAAACAAUGCUCUAAAUGAUUAUGUUUUGUCAUGAACAUAAGUAGUUUUUCAUAUUCAUACAGUGAACUUUAACGUUUCACUUCUUAUCUUGUUACACUGGGUUUUCUUAUUUUUCAGUUGUUCUAGUUGAAGUUGUAUUAAUAUCUUUUGUCUCAAUAAAAAAGAAUAAUAUCUUCACGAAUGUUAA